AUGAAAGAGUUUAAGAAGCGAGACUUGUGGACAGCUACACAAGUGCUCGCAUUAACUGCUACAGGUUUAGCUGCAUCACAUACUCAACCAUUUGUUCGACUGUUGUACAACGAUCCAAAGACGCGUGUGAAUAAAGAUAUAAAAUCGCGAACGAUAGUGGUGGACGGUCGGGAUUCAGACGACGAUAUCAUUUGUUGUCGACAACAAGAGCAAAGCGGGAAGUUUACAGCCAGCUGGAACACAAGCAAUGAUACGGGAGAGGUCUUUACUGUUCACCCAGUGGUCGACUGGGUCGAAAUGCAGCUUUGGAAUCAUUUUGACAACGGCUUUGACGUGUUUCUGGGUAAAGCUUCGAUCUCGUUGCAUCAACUACAACAACAAUGCAGUCAAGAGGGGAAAGACCAAAAUUCUUUGCGUACUGGUGCCUUGUGGUUUCCAUUGCAAAGCUCGAAACUCAAUGGAGUGGCGUUGCGAAUGAGUCUUGAGAUUGAGUGCGUCUUUAUGGUGGAUCCCAAAGUUCUUCGCAUUCGCAAGGCAAUGGAGCAACGUCAGCAUAAAGCGGACGUAAAGGACACUGGCACGAGUGUUGCUGACCCUACGUUCACCUUCAUACAGCCAUAUCAGCCUGUCGAGUGGUCAUUGAUAGCAUCUACUAAUGUCAGACAUCUCUUCUUUCAUUCUGACGUGGAACGUCUAGCAAACUUUCGAGAGAUUGUGUUGUAUGGCGAUCUAGAAAAAGAGCUGGACGAUGACGAAGGACUUCAAAUUGACGUUGAUCACCUUACAGCAUACAAAAUGUGUCAAUUCUCGGCUCAAUAUCUUGAUCAUUGUAUAGAUACUCUAUCUCAGCGAAUCGAAGGAUAUCGCGACGACUAUCGAGCUCUGGCUGAUACCAAAGCGCAAUUAUCUAGAGAGAACAAAGCAUUGACGUUUCAGCGUAAGUGCUUGCAAAAGGAGCAUGACGAGUUGGAUCUAUUCAUUUCGACAUAUCAACGUCUUUUAGAAAAGAAUAGUGAUGGAAAGCUUGUCAACGAGCGGCUGGAGGAGCUCAGUUCAUCUGAUCGAGACACAUAUACAACCAAACCUUUGAGCCCAUCGAUGUCUUUAACGGAACAAUUCUCAUUUAUUGAGCCUACAGUUCAUAAGACGUGGAAAGAAUGUGAGCGCGACCAUCAAUCUGAAAAUGAUCUUUUUAAAACUCAGCAAAUGGAGAUCGAGACGCAACGAUUAGCACAGCGCGUCCUGGAACAACAACAGCGAGAGUAUCGCGACAAGAUUUUGUCAAUAGCCGAUGAGAAUCGAAAGCUGUUUGCAGUUAAAAAGAUUCAAGUGUUCUUUCGCAAUAUUCAAAAGAUUAAGCAGACUCAACAAGAGACAACGAAAUGUCAAGCGGCAAUACGUAUUCAGGCUGCAUGGAAGCGAUUUAUGGAGGUGAAAAAGCAUCUAAAUAGACUUGAGACACAAAAACGAGAGAUUAGUAUCUUGUUGAUGGCACAAAGUGAGCGAGAGACUCGGCAAUGGGAGGCUGAGAUGAAGCAGAAUAAAGCAUCAACGAAUGUUGUGCCGUUAGAAUCCACUGAUGAAGAAAACAUCGCUGACAUCAUUGUGACGCCAUCUGCUUCACCUUCUAAGCACGUUGUUGAUGCACUCGUAACAACUUGGCGUAAGCUUCACCGCGUCUUUGUACUGGCUCACAAAUCUAAAGGAAUCGCUUACCACGCACUCUUUGAUGAAAUCGAUCUACGAAAAGAUAAAGUGAUUGAUCGAGCUGAGUUAAGACUCGGAGCUUGGAGCUUUGGCAUACGACUUGACCGCAAGAUCACCCGAGCAUUAAUAACUUUGCUCCGUACGAAGUGUCAAUUGCCAUCGAAACCUCUACUUGUAACAUACGAGCAAUUUAUGACAGGCUUUGAGCUGACAUCUCAAGUAAUGAAAUCUUCCUCGGAGCUGGAGAAUUCGAUAUCUCAUUCUGAAAAGCGAAAACGUUCAACUGAUGAGAACGAAAAUUUAGAGAGCGCCAAAACUGAUGAACCUCUGGUUAAACAUACUUCAGACGCACACGAAAAAGAACCUACUGAUGAGGAAAAGUUAGUUAUGGCAGUGCAUAGUUUCCGAGCUGCAGUCUACAAGUCAGCAGCAACCAAUCUCGGAAGUACUAGCAAGUUUCCGAUCGAUAGCGCAGUACUUCGAGAUACUUUGACGCAUAUCUGCUAUCCGUGCAAUACAGACUGUAAUAGUCGUCUUGAAGUGAACGAACUGAUCUCUCGUUUGACGAAACUUAAUCUUCAACUCACGAAUGACCAAAUUUCAAUACUGCGAAAGCUAUUUCUUAAAAGUAAUGAAAGCGAUGAAGUGGAUGUCGCGGAAUUUCUUUCUUUUGUGCUAACCCACUCAUCAUCUACUGAUAAAGCCGAGCUUGGACUGCUAGGACACAGCGUUCGAGAAUUGAUAUUGAAACAUGUUCGAAAGGCUCCAGUCGAAAUUGGAAAUAUCGAAGAUGCUGUACGUUUCGUGUUUAGAGAAGCGUACAAACAUUCAGAUCAGCCCAGCUGCUCAAUUCGGGACUUUAUGCACGCACUGAAGCGUUUGCAUCUAGAAAUUGCACCAAUCCAUAUAGCGCGUUUUGUCGUCACAUUAGAUCGCGAUGGUGACGGCUUCAUUUAUUUCGACGAGCUGCUGACUUGGCUGCGACUUCACUCAUUCGAUUUAUCCGAUAAGAAUUUGCAGUCAGCGUCUGAACAAACAGUCACAAGUCAGCAAGCGGAAGUAGAGGCUUUGCAAGAUCUUUUCGAAAAACUUGCGUUUGCCCAUACAUCAAAUCUACCUUUUAUAAGCCAUACAAACUGUUUGACAACUUUAUUUCACCACAUUGAUCGUGAUAAAAGCGGCAAAAUCAAUCAAGAGGAGCUACACGCGUUUCUUAGUACUCAGGAUCUCUUGUCUUUCAUCAAGGAAGAUAUUCUUAAGCAAGUGUGUGAACUGCCAACCUUACCAGAAGACCCCUCAGCGGUGGUGGCGCAGAAAUUGAUAAAGCUGCUGGACUCGAGUUCCAAUGGCGUCGUAACCUUAAAAGAAUGGCUAAAGUUUGGCCAGCACGACAUACCACACGACAGCAGUGAUCUCGCUAAUAUUGAUGCCAUGCGAAAGAUAUUGUGUGAAGCGGUAGAAAACGACGUCGAGCGAUUACUCGACUGGUUUCAUGAUUUGCCGGGUAUCAUACAAGCUCCGAUAGGCCGCCAUGAUGAUCCGAAUCAGAUGCAAGUGCGUGUGGCUGAAUUCAAGACCGCUCUGCGUGUUAAAGUUGGUGGUACUCAUUCUGUGCCCAGGCAGACGAUUGAUGAGAUUGUGAAUAAAAUCGAUAAAAAUAAAAGUGGAUGGAUCACGACAAGCGAAUUAUGUGCUUGGACAUUUCCAUCUCGAGACCUUGAUGAGCUUCUUCGUCUAAUUAUCAAGUGCUGGCAAAAAGAAUACCAACAAACUAGUACAAUCGACAUAGCUAACAACUUGUACGCACGCUUUGACGUGGAUCAUAAUGGAUGUCUCGGUGUACGUGAAUUACGGCAAGGAUUCAAAACGUUUGGCUUGAAUUUAUCCGAAUACGAAACUCGUGUUUUACUCAUUGCUUUUGAUCUUGAUAGCGACGGUUGCUGGAAUAAAGCUGAGUUCAGUGCAUUUGUAAGCAAGCUAACUCCAGUCCCUUUGCUUAUUAGUGACUUAUCAACCAUUUCUGGUCAAAAUCCAAUCAACAACGCAGAACACCAAGCAAUUUUUGAGAAUUCACAUCAUAGUCACGAAAGCUUUUACAGUGACGACAGCUUUUCUGAUUCGAAAAUACUCAGUGAAUCAUCGUCACGAGAUCAGAUGGCCGAUAGUGUGCAUCGUGAAGAGUACAGCGAGGAUUUUAUUGAAGACUAA